GAUCCAUUCUACCAAACAACGAUUGGACAACGUGAGGAAUUAUCAUUUUUUGAUGUGAAGAUUAUUAACGAAGCAUACUGCAAAGAUAAGUGCAAGGGUAAGAACAAAUGCAAAAAUGGUGGCUACAUGAAUCCGAGCAAUUGCUUGAAAUGCCUUUGUCCGACUGGUUUUGGUGGUGAAACUUGUGAGAAGAAUGAAAAAUCGCUCGAAGCCGAUUGUGGUGGAGUGUUGAAAGCGAAGGGCGAUUGGCAAACGAUAGAAUCACCAGGGUACCCCGAUCCGGGUUAUGAGAUUGGACAAAAGUGCAGUUGGCUAAUCCAAACUGAUAAAGAUAAACGAAUUGAAAUGGAAUUCGUCGAAGAUUUCGAUAUAUUUUGCGCAAUAACUUGCGUUGAUUACGUCGAAUGGAAGAUAGGAAAGGAUCUCCGAAAUACUGGUUUCAGAUUCUGUUGCCCUGAGCAUCCCAAACAAACGGUCGUGUCAGCACUCAAUCAAGCAAUCGUAAUCUUUCGAGCGACACUCGGCGAGGGUGCUGGCUUCAAGUUACGUUUCCGAGAAACAUCAAAACCCGCACGUAAGAUAGCUGCAACACCAAAACGAACAACGACAGUUCCACCAACAACCGUGGCUGGUAGCAACAUAUGGGCUGAUUGGGGCACAUGGUCGGAGUGCUCGAAACCGUGUGGUGGUUGUGGUAUACAGUCGAGAAUUCGAAUAUGCAAAACUGCUGAAUGCAUAGGAAAAAAUCAAGAAUUUCAAUCGUGUAAUCUUCACGUUUGUAAAGUUGAUCCAAAGUGUGCGAAACUCAAACAACGUCUGCGACAAUGCGCCGACAAACCUGGUUGUAAAGGAAUCGAUGAAAACAUUCGGAAAGAUUUCAGUGUGUUGGAUAAAGAAGCCGCAGAAUGCACUCAACCAAGCUGCUGUCCACCGUUCUAUGAGGUCAAAGGAAAAUGUCAAAGCGAUGAACCUGUAUUGGGUCGGCGAUGA